CCUCUCUUGUGGUCUGUUCAGCUGCAGAACGAAGAGGAGCCAGGUGAGGCUGCACCAGUGGUCAGUGAUGCCCCUCCGCCCUACAGCAGCAUUUCUGCAGAGAACACAGCUUAUUUUGACUACAAGGAUGAGUCAGGAUUUCCGAAGCCUCCAUCUUACAACGUGGCCACAACACUGCCUAGUUACGAUGAGGCAGAGAGAACCAAGGCUGAAGCCACAAUUCCCUUGGUUCCUGGAAGAGAGGAGGACUUUGUGACACGGGAUGACUUUGAUGACAGUGACCAGCUGAGGAUAGGAAAUGAUGGCAUUUUCAUGCUAACUUUCUUCAUGGCAUUCCUCUUCAACUGGAUUGGAUUUUUCCUGUCUUUCUGUCUGACUACUUCAGCUGCAGGACGGUAUGGGGCCAUUUCUGGAUUUGGUCUGUCUCUUAUCAAAUGGAUCCUUAUUGUCAGGUUCUCCACUUAUUUUCCUGGUUACUUUGAUGGGCAGUAUUGGCUUUGGUGGGUGUUCCUCGUACUAGGAUUUCUGCUGUUUCUCAGAGGAUUUAUUAAUUAUGCAAAGGUUAGGAAGAUGCCUGAUACUUUUUCCACUCUCCCCAGAACCAGAGUUCUCUUUAUUUACUAAAGAUGUUUUCUGGCAAAUGUCUUCCUGUGUGAGUGAAUUCUCCCUCAAGAAGUGACAGGACACCUGCAGGAAGUGAAUCAAGACUCUGAAACAGAAGAAAAAAUAAUCACCUGCUUUAAAAGAAAUAAAUAAAGUACUGUUGA